AUGAACAUGGAGCCAUCUCUGUUUGUGUUUGCAGUGCAUGUCAAAGCAGGGACCUGUGAAGUGAUUGCUGCCCACCGCUGCUGCAACAAGAACAAGAUUGAGGAGAGAUCCCAGACGGUCAAAUGUUCCUGCUUCCCCGGACAGGUUGCCGGGACAACAAGAGCGGCUCCAUCUUGUGUGGACGGUACGGUCAUAGUUAUUUUUCUAUUUUUCUCGUAUUUUUUUCAUUUUUAUUGACAGGACAGUAUUAAACAACACAGUAACAGGCAGUACACUGUUCCAAAAUCGGUCUUGUAUCACUCAUGUAUCACUCAGAGAUAGUGUGGUUUCAAGAUUUGAGAUAGGGUAAGCUAUUUUCUUCUACUAUUACGUUUUGUCAUUUUCCCCCCCUGCAUCUACCGAUCAAUCUAAACAUAAUGCUGAGUUAAAAACAACCCAAUUUGGGUAAAUAUUGGACAGAACACACGUUGGGUUAUUUUGACCCAGCCAGUUGGGUCACAAACAACCCAUUUUUGUCUUUAAGUUGUGUUGUUGAUGCUGGGUAAGAGCAGAAGACUGGGGACGUGGCUUAGUAGGGUGUGGCUUUCAGAUAUUUAUUUUUGUCCACCCGUGAGAUUAAAUGUAAUUCCGGUUAAUCUGUUCUGUUGUAUUGAGCACUGACACCAUUGUAGCUUUAAUAAGGCGUACAAUGUUGGGAUAGUCACCACUUUGUUAUAAUAUACAAAUAUUAUUGUUAUACAUUUUUACAUUAAAAUGUGUGUUGUGCAAAAAUAUUGAAGGAAAUUUAGAUUGUGCAGUGUACAAAUGGAAUAUGAAUAUGAAUGACAUUUACUCUCACGGGUGGCCAAAAUUAACUCUGAAAGCCGUGUUACCAGUAGGCCAUGCCUUUGGAUUACCCGAACUUGGGAUAAUUUAAACAUCAGUUGGGUUUUUAUUCACUUUCAUGCUGGUCUUUUUUAAUGUAAUCCAUAUCUUAUUUCCAGGAGGUGUGGCCUAUUGGGGGUGUGGCUUUCAGAUAGGCGUUUUUGGCAACCCGUGAGAUUAAAUGUCAUUCCUGUUCAUCAUGUUACAUUUGUACGCUGCAAAUGCACAUUUCCAGCUGUUUGUCUACCACUGGACUAUGAAACAAUAAAGCCUGGCGUGCUGCUGCACUGGCUCACUGAGAGUAGAGAAUGGGCCAGGUCAUUUAAUAUCAUGUCAACAAUGGCCCCUGUGACAAGUGAAUUGAUCCCUAUCCUCUGUUCUGUACUGAAAUGGCUCUGACAGGGGAUUCCUCCCAUCUUGACACCAUUCGCUGAAGCUUUAGAAAUGUCAAGGGAAGCCUUACCCCCUACUGGCCUCCUCAGAGGCAGCUGUAGACCUUGGAGGCCUGUUCUGCUCCCACUGUGCCACUCUGUUUAUUCCCCUCCUGCCACUUUGUUCAUCCGCUUGACAUUGACCCACACCCUGUAAUUCACUCCUGGAAACACACAGCUCAGGCAGCCAGGCAGGCAGCUCACAGUCAUGGAGGAUCUCUCUUUACUCUACUGUCAGUCAUGGAUCAAAAGGCUUCACUCUCACUGACAUGUUUGUAGAAACAGACGUCUUGUUGUGGGUUCAGUUGUUACAGUAGUCUAGUAGAGGAAGUGUCUUUUCACUGCCUUUUAAAGGGCACACAUUAACUGCUUGCAUUCCUCUCUCUUUGGCUCUUGCAGCAUCUAUAGUUGCACAGAAGUGGUGGUGCCAGAUGCAUCCAUGUAUGGAUGGGGAGGAGUGUAAAGUGUUGCCUGACCUGAAAGGCUGGAGCUGCAGUACAGGAAACAAA